CUGUAUGAGGGAACAGUCUUGUUGUUGUCACUGUUCACAGCUGAUUAGCACAGCACCAUGGGUGCUAAGCAGACCAAAGGCCAGGAGCCUGGAGGAGCCAGCCCUCAGCACAGCUGGAAGCGGACCCCCACCAAGGAGCGGGGGGACAUCUUGGCAUCCCUCAUGCUUAAGUCCGGGGACCGGCUUAGCCGUGGUGGGACUCCACCGCCUUACCAGCGCCGUAUUGGCAUGAUCCAGGAGAUGAUGCUGAUGGCCAAACAGGGCAAGCAGGACGAGGCCACCGAGAUGCUCAGGACACUGAGACAGGAUUUGGGCAUGGAGUCAACAUCCCUGGAUGACGUGUUGUACCGCUACGCCAGCUUCAGAAACCUGGUUGACCCCAUCACACAUGACCUGAUUAUCAGCCUAGCACGAUAUGUCCACUGCCCAAAGACGGAGGGCGACUCUCUUGGGGCGAUGGAAAAGGUCUGUCGUCAGCUGACCUAUCAUCUCAGCCCCCACUCCCAGUGGAGGAGACAGGGCCUGCUCAAGAGGAAACCUCAGGCCUGCCUGAAGGCGGUGCUGUCAACCCCUCCGUCCAGCGGGGCGUUGGAUCUGUCCGGUAUCCCUCUGGUGGCUCGAGACAUGGAGCGUCUGUGUGCACACCUACAACGCCAUGCGUCCACGGUGGCCAGCAUGGAGCUGGGCUUCACCGAGCUGACGGACGAGGCCUUCCUCCUGCUCCUGCCCACGCUGACCGCCCUGCCACAUCUGGAGACCCUGGCACUGAAUGGAAACAGGCUGACCAGAACUAUUCUGAAGGAGCUCACUGAUGCACUGAAGGAUCCAUUCAGUUUCCCCAGCGUGACGUGGAUCGACCUGGGAAACAACGUUGACAUCUUCUCCCUGCCACAGCCCUUCCUGGUGAGCCUGAGGAAGCGCUGCCCCAAGCAGGGCAACCUGCCCACCAUCCUGGAGUUUGGAGAAAGUCAGGCCAGCGACCCACCCGAGAGGCUGAGGGGCCUCGAGGAAGAGGAGGAGACAGAUGACACAAACCGGACGGAGAGCAUGGGCGAUCUGCGGUCAGAGGUGGAGGAGGAGCUGGACGGCGAGAUGGAGAUACAGGAGAUGAUGGAGGAGCUGCUGGACUUCGACAGGGAGGUGCAGGGAAAGGAGGACGAGGAAGAGAGCAUGUGGACAGUGCAGGAGCAGAGGAAAAUUGGUAGGGGGCGGGGGAGGAAAGAGGGGGAGGAGGGUGGGGAGAAGGAGGCGAAGAGGAGAGCGCAGCAGCCGGGGAGGAGGGCUGUGAUGGCGGAGGACGAUGACACACAUAGCCACUCCUCCCGCCUGUCCUCCUCCAGCCAGUCGCUGCACUCCUCCGGGGCCGUUGAGCCAAUGAGGGUGGAGGAGGACGACUUGACCGACCAAUCAGACUACUUGACCUGA